UCGGUUAAGCGCUAGCUGAAAUCGUAAAACACUUGAGAUAGCCAAUAUGCCCCCAGUGGCUCGGCCAUAAACCGGUUCCAAUCGCCGAGAGUCGGACGCACUUGCAGUUGAGGUUGCGUUCACAGUUCACAAAAUGAUCUUGGCCAGCAUUUUUGUGUGUUUCUGCCUGGUGUCGGCAUUCAAUUAUUUGAGGCAACGUCGACAGCGCGGUUUCAUCAAGAACCUUGGAGGACCUUUCACCUGGCCCCUAAUGGGUGCCAUGCACAAAAUUGUGCUGCUAUCGCCAAAGAAUUUCUUCGAGCGCAGCUCUGUCUACCUGGCCAAAUAUGGCGCUGUGAGCCGAAUUUGGGUUUUUCACAGACUCUUCAUACCGGUCGCCGACCUGGAAUUGGCCAAGAAACUGCUGCAGAGCGAAACGCAUUUGGAGACGGGCCACGAGCUGAUGAGCGACUGGCUGGGCGACAGUUUGCUCACCUGCCAGCCGCAGCACUGGCCACAGCGACACCAGCUACUCGCCUCACUCUCCCGCCCAGACAACCUGUUGCAAUUGAGCCAACUGUUUCAGCAGCAGGCCGAGCAGCUCUGCCAGCAGCUAGCGGCUCGGGCGGAAGCGCGACAGGUCUUUGAUGUGUGUCAGCUGGUGUCCGACAAUGUGCUGGACCUAAUGCUAUGCAUCAGCUGUGGCAUGCAGCCGAGCGAGCACUACAAACAGGCAUUUAAAGAACUCACAGAGCUCUAUCGCAAGCGUUUCCUGAGCGUCAGAUCAGCCAAUCGUCUGACCUUCUGGGUCUGCUCGCCUCUCACUCGACGACGGCAGCAACGGCUCAUUCGGCGCAUCAAUGAGGAGAACAAACAGAUGCUGGAGCAGCGCCGACAGCAUAAGCUAAGCAGUAAUCAAAUAAAGAUCGAGGGCAUCACAAUAGAUCGCAUUGAGCCGGUGCCCAGAGUGAAAUACCAAUCGCUGCUCGAGCUGCUGCUCACGAGCGAAGCAUCGCUGACCGAUGCCCAGCUGCUCGCUGAGCUCAACUGCUGCAGCUUCCUGGGCUAUUUGCUGUGCAGCAGCGCUCUCUGCUCUGCCCUGGUGCUGAUAGCACGACAUCCGGCGGUGCAGCAACGUUGUCUGGAUGAGCUGCGAGAGGCGAAGGACUCAAAGGAGGAGCGCUUGCCCUACCUGGAGGCGGUGCUCAAAGAGACACUGCGACUGCAGCCACCGCAGGUGAUCGUAAACCGUGAGCUGAGUCAGGACUUUGAGUACACUCACUCCCAGCUGGGCGCUGGCUCGCUGCCUGCCGGUGCUGAGAUCUACUUGAAUCUCUAUGAGCUACAACGCGCUGAGCAGGCGUAUGGCACCAAGGCGCAACACUUUCAGCCCGAGCGCUUUCUGGAGCAGCCCGUCGAGCUGCUCAGCUUUGGUCUGGGUCCACGCAGCUGUCCGGCGCAGCAAAUGAGCUUGAGCCUCCUGCAGCAGCUGGUGGCGCCGCUGCUGCUGCAGUACGAGCUGCUGCCCUAUGGCGAUGCACUGCGUCCGCAGCUGCGCUUGGCGCUGGGCUCCAGCAAUGGCUUUCAGCUGGCGCUGCAGCCACGUAAAAAGAUUGACUAGAACAUAAUUGGCUAGAUAGACUUUAGUUUUAAUUCAGCAAAAAUAAACAUAGCUUAAAUUACUCAGGGAAUACCCCUAUUGCUGGCCACGCUUGCGCAUGCC